AUGGAGGGAUGCCAGAAGGAGAAGGUGGUCCCAGAUGAGGUUCAUCAAAACCAGAUAUUGCGGGAACAGUAUAUCAAAGAGCGUGGCACCCAGAAACUCUACACAGAGUAUUCCGUGAAUCCCCUUCGCAAGGUUCACCUGAACACAAGAAAGCCCAUGUCCUGGCAUGAUAAUGUGGAGGAACCUGAAGAUGCCAGGUUUAUCAAUCUUAUUCACCAUGCUGCCGAAGGACCAAAGAUGAAAUACCCAGAGGCACAAACUGAAAAUCAGGAGUAUGGAUGGCACUCUAAGCCCUUGGUCAACCCAGAACGGCAGGACCGCAGGCUGAAUCACUUCCGAGUCUACAAGGACAUCACUCUGUACAAGGCUAAAUUGUGGAGUCUGGGAGAAGAUGAUCUCCACAAAAAGUCUCUGAGCAAUGAUGUCUAA